AAGUGUCCGAGAUCCACGCCAAGAGUUUGGGCGACAAAGACCAAACCGAAUUUUAGCCGCUUCUUUGCACUUUGCAAACUGCUUUGCAAAUUCCAAUCUUGAGCAGCGAGCGACUUCUGUAGCAACGACCCCGACAAAUACAACGAGAUGGCCCCUUCGAACACCACCCAGGCCCCUAAAGGCGCAAAGAAGGCCACCAAGCCUUCGGCCAAGGCCGGCGCUGCCGCUAAGGCUGUCAACUCGCACAAGGUCCGCAAAGUCCGCCUGUCGACCACCUUCCACCAGCCCAAGACUCUCAAGCUCUCGCGCGCUCCCAAGUACCCCCGCAAGAGUGUCCAGGCCGAGACUGGUGUCGAGCAGCACAAGGUCUUGAUCCACCCUCUCAACACCGAGUCUGCCAUGAAGAAGAUUGAGGAGAACAACACCCUCGUCUUCAUCGUCGACACCAAGGCCAACAAGCGCCAGAUCAAGGACGCCCUCAAGAAGCAGUACGACGUUGACACCGUCAAGAUCAACACUCUGAUCCGCCCCGACGGUACCAAGAAGGCCUUCGCCCGUCUUACUCCCGACGUUGACGCUCUUGACAUCGCCGCCACCAAGCUCAACAUUGUUUAAAUUAGCCUCGUUUCAAAACAAGAUGAUGGCAAUUUGGACUCGAAUGUUGUGGUUAUGAUUAUGGUCUGCUCAAAACAAAAAGCAUUGGCGUUACGUGGGUGUGGGUGGCUGCAAGGAAGCAGACCCCUUUUCGAUACCAGGGAGAAAUCCCAAAUCUAGUUCAUUCAUGCCCUCGCCGUGCAUUGCCUGUUGUCAUUCAUGUGAUUUGUUGAGUAGAUGUGUGUUCUGAUCUCUGUAUGUUUGACCACUUGACUGUCAACGAUAAUGCG